AUGAUCAAGCCAAGUGAUCCGAGAUUAAAGGAGAAUGUAGAGAAGGCAGCCAAGAAGGCCGAGAAGGAGAAGGCGAUCGAGGAGAAGAAAAAAGUAGCGCAGGUAUCCUCAUCACUGUUCUUGUCGCACAACACAGACCUCGGACCGCCAUAUCGGGUAUUGGUCGAUACCAACUUUAUCAAUUUCAGCAUCCAGAACAAGAUUGAGCUUGUACAGGGGAUGAUGGACUGCUUGAUGGCUAAGUGUAUACCAACCAUCACCGACUGUGUGCUUGCCGAGCUGGAGAAGCUGGGACCGAAGUAUAGGCUGGCAUUGCGGAUAGCGAAGGAUCCUCGCUUUGAGCGUCUACACUGCGAUCAUGGUGGAACGUAUGCGGAUGACUGCCUCGUCCAGCGAGUAACGGUGCACAAGUGCUAUGUCGUAGCUACGUGCGAUAGAGAUCUCCGCCGCCGGAUACGGAAGGUACCGGGUGUACCGCUCAUGUUUGUUGUGAAGCACCGAUAUCAGAUUGAAAGAUUACCCGACGGAGGAGCCAGCUUCAUCUGA